AUGGAGCAAAAAGUCAAUGCCUUCCCUCACUCGGGCCUAGAAGUCACUCAAGGUGGACGAGUGAACGUAUACGUGGAUGGGUCAUGCAGCUACAACGGUUGCGCUAACGCCAUUGCCGGAAUAGGCAUCUGGUUUGGUGACAACCAUCGAUGGAAUACCUCCAAAACCCUGAAGGAAGCCAGAGUCACCAAUAUCGUUGCUGAAACCCUUGCCGCGAUCGAAGCCAUCAAAAUCUACAAAGAAAAAGAUGUACCGAAGUUGAGAAUAAUAACCCACUCUCAAUAUCUCAUCGACUGCGUACUCCAAUAUAUGGGCAAAUGGAAACAAAACGGGUGGUUGAACGCGAAAAACAGACCCAUAGUAAAUCAGGAGUUACUCAAGGUACUAGACCCGUACAUGGAAAAUACAGACGUCAUCUUCCAGCACAUCCCAGGACACCAACGGUUCUAUGGAAACGAACAAGCCAAUCGUCUAGCGAAAAUCGGCUCAAAAAUCCAGAAGGAAGGGAAGGGUCGCCAACAACGGAAAUCGAACAAAUCGACCCCAAUUACCCCGACGAACUGA